AUCAACACUUGUAGUAUUUGUUGUUGGGCUUUGCUGAGUGAGUAGAGAAAUGAAAACUUUUAUGGUGCUAAUUUUUUAAAAUCAGUGCAGUUGCACCUUUGUUCUUGUGGUUUAAUCAGCUUUAACAUAUUAACUGAAAUUUUUAUAUGAACGGAUACUAUACUAUGUACUUCUCAUGAACCCAACAUGGCCGUCUUGCCUGUGAAGGUUCAGAUAUUCACUUGUACUCUAUGAAUAUCAGGCUUUGAAAGUACUUUCUAGUAGUUAGUGCUGCUGGCUACAGUUGAUUAUAACUGAGUAAACUUCCAAUGGUUUUUGAAAGGGGAGAAACUAAAAUGGAGCCUUCUGAACAGGAUGAUGGUUUUGACAGCAUUGAUGAUGGCAAUAAUCUUGCAAGUUCUGCUGAAGGGCUUGUUGCAAAUGAUGAUGAUCAACAGGUUUUAGGUUAUCUUGAAGUUCAGCCAGCUACUGAAAAUGCAACCAUAAUUUUAGAAUCUGAAGGAAUAGAAUUAGGACAGCUUAGACAACUUGGACAACAUUUUCUGUUGGCUCGUGGAGAAGGUGAGUUAUACGUUGUCGUGAGUGCCGAGCAGGACCAACCUUUAGAGCAUUCCUUUGCUCAGAGUUCUGUCAUGCAUCCUAGUUUGAUAGCAAUAGAAGGUGAUUCCAAGGAUCAAGCUAUUGUAGUAGAUGGUGGAUCUCAAGAUAUAGAACUCAUUGAAACUGAGGAGAUUCCUCAAGGGCAAGAAGAAGCUGGUCAUAUGUAUAUUGAACGAAAUGGGGAUCUUGCACAUAUACGUGCUGAAACUACUCAUUUUUCUUCUGGCAGUCCUAAUGAUGAUUCUACAAUUUGGGCUGUAAAAGACAAUGUUCAUAUAAAGGAGGAUAGUACAGAAAUGGUUUUCAUUCCCACUCCAUCUGUUUUAUCAUCACCACCUCUGAUUUUAACAACUGAUGAACCAAAACACAGGAAAUUGAUGCAGCUUGCGUACAUAGCUCAUGAACUUCAGUCUGCUGAUCAAAAGGGUUGUUCAACAGUUGACACAUUAAAAACCAGUGAUGAAUGUUCUUUGAGUAUAGCAGAAGGUUCUGUCAUCGUAACUCAGCAGCACAUAGAUGAUUCAAGUAACACUGUUUUAUUGUCUGGCAGUGCUGAAGUUACAAAAGAAGAGCCAAUGGAAGUUGAUGAAAAUGAAACUCAGGGCCAGAUUACUACAGUUUUAAAUUUAGAUUCACAAAAUCAAACAGUAGGCAACGUCCAUACAUUUUCGUGUUAUUCGUCCACAAGAAUUAUUGAUAACACUGUAUCUGUUAUUCAUCCACCUUCUUCAGCCGACAUUUGCGUUAAUUCAUCAGAAAACGGUGUUCUGAAAAAUAAUCACGCAUCUGAAGACUCAGUUAAUGAAACUGCUGUGCACCAAGAUAAAAAUGACUGUAACUCUUCACAGGGUGUUUCUGUUAACACGAAUCACAAUGAGUCAGAAAAUGAUUCUGUCUCUUCUCAUGAGAUUGCUUGUAACAGCAAUCACAUUGGACAAGGAAAUGACUGUCUUUCUUUGCAGGAUAUUUCUGAUAAUGGCAAUCACAAUAGACCAGAAAAUGACUGUAUCUCUUUACAGGAUGUUCCCGGUAACAUUAAUCAUAAUGGUUCAGAAAAUAACAAUGUUUUUUUACAGGAUGUAUCUGACAGCAAUCAUGAUGGAUCAGCUAGCUUGGAAGAUAUUCAUGAAGAAAUUGAUAGUAGAUUUUUUGAUCAGGGUAAUUCAAAAACUAUUGUUACAAAUAAAGGAUUUGAUAAAACUAAUGCUGCAGAUGGGACUGCUUUGUCUGCAGUUGAAAGUGAGAAUUCAAAUUCUAAAGAAGCUGCAGUUGUUGAUGAUAAUACUUCAUGCCAUGAUGUACAGAAUGAAUUUCAAACCUUGGAUGAGAAUACAAAUAGUUCAGUUGGGAUUUCAAGCAGAGAUUCCUGUGUAGAUGAUGAUGAAUCCAAAGAAGAAAAUGACUAUAACAGUAAUUUAUCUGUUCCUUUGAACAACAGAGAGUUCUCUUCAGAUGUUGAAGAAACAAAGGAAGAGACAAAUGAAGAAAAGAUUAUUAAUUCUCAACCUGACACAAAUGCAUGUGAAAACUCAACGGAGCUUUUUACAGAAUUAUCUAACGAUGUAAGUGAAACUGAGAGUGAUGCUAUUUGUGCCAAUAGGAAGACUGAAGUAAUUCAGGCAUAUUCUGAAGAUAACACAAGAUGUAAUGAAACAUCAGGAAAGCAGGAUAUAAAAAGCUCUGUAUUCACGUAUGAAAGUGAAUCUUCGUCUUCAAUGACGCAAGCAGUAUUUAGUCCACGUAGAAGGAGAAAAGCAAUUCCUCUUCUACCUGAUCUAGAUGAGACAAAAGAUGCAAGUUUGAGUGCAUUUCCAUCUGAAAGUAGUCCUUCUGUUAAUAAGGUAAAAGAGGUUUGCCAGAAUUCAACAGAUAAGUGCCAAAAUAUGUCCGGUGAAGUUUUGCAUAAUGCAAGACCUGAAACUGUUGAUAUGGAUCAUGAGGAAACCACUGAUAUAGUAAAUAAAUAUGAGGCUUCACAAAUUACUUUUGAAGGGGCUUUGGAGCCAAACGUUGAUAAUCACUCGGAGGCUGCUGAGGAAUCUUUAAAAAGCAUUAAUGAAAACACAGAUAACAGUAAAAAAUAUUCAGAUUUCAAUCCACCUUCUCUUAUAGAUAAAAAUGUGUCAUUUGAGAAUGAAAAUGUAAAUGGAGAAUGUUCUAAAUCAGGUACUGAUGAUUUCGAAACUGAAAAAAAUAUAAAUGAAACAAAAAAAUUAAGUGAGACGAAAAUGGAUAAUAAUGAAUCUCCUUUGAACGUAGAUGAAAAAUAUGAAGAUUUGGAUUCUGCAAUCGAAGAAACAUUUGUCAAGCCACCUAAAAAGACUUAUGUUAAAAAAAAGAAAACUAAUGUCAUUGCUGAAAAUAAGCUUACCAGUGAAAAGGAUAAAAUUGAACUUUAUGAAGAAGAGUUUUCUGGUAGUCUUUUCAGUGGUAACAGUGAAUUUAAUGAACCACCAGCUACUAAUACUGCUGAAGUCCAGCAACCUGUAGAUCACAUUGAUGAUGAUGAUAUGGCAUUAGUAUCUGAUAUAAAAAGUAAAGUUAAUGCAACAUACAAGAGGAAAAGGAAAAGUGUACCUCCUAUCAUACGAGAAAUUAGAACUCGAAGCUUGAGGCCACGGUCCAAACGUUCAUUUGAAUCAAUGGAAGAAGAUGAAGCUAAGGAAGACAGUACUGAUGAUGAAAAAACUGGAGAAUGUUUGGAUACUGGCAGUUCUGAAAGUAUACAUUGGGGAGAUUAUUUAAUGGGGACAUCAUUUUUUCCAUCUCAGAGUACAGAUGAUGCUUCUAAAUCUUCUCCCAAAAAAAGGGCACCGAAUUCCAGCUGUAAACGGCACAAAUCUAAAUCUUCAAAAAGUGAAGCUAAAAGGGGACUUGAAUGGGAAAAACUUGUGAAAAGCUCACCAUCUAAGUUGAAGCGAGAAGAGUCUACUAAUAAACGUAAAGUCAGAGAAAAAGUGAAAAAACAGUUCAUGUCUCUUCGUAAUUCCGAAACUUUUAAUCAACAACUUGAUAAUUCAAGAAAUGUUCCCCGAAAACGAGGUAGACCUAAAAAAGCAAAACCUGGAGAUGAAGAAAAUUCUGCAAAUACUCCUGCUGAAGUAAAAAAAGCUGGUAUAAAGAUCUUUCCAACAUCUCCUGCAGUAUCUCCAGUGUUAGAUGAACCUUUCACAUUUAGACGUAACUCUCCAAUACCUCCAAACCAAUCAUUAGAAUUUACGUGCUCUCAUUGCGGUUUUGCUAGUAGCAUGGUUAAUAAUCUUAUCACACAUUUGAAAUAUUGUGCUAGAAAAAAGUCUGCAGUGCAAAUGAUAGAUUACAGAGUUGAUGAUAUGGAUAGAAGACAGAGAAUACGAGGUGAGGAUUCAUCUGAAAAAAGUAAAGAUAAGGCAAGGAGUUCUUGGAGUUUUGCUAAUGGAUCUUAUCCAGAUGCUCGGGACAUGAGUGAAGCUGAAUGUUCUAGACGAUCAUUAUUAUAUAUGGAUGAUGAUGAUGACGAUGACGAUGAUGAUGAUGAUUUUGAUGAAAUGGAAGCAAGUACUAGUUGUGCACCAAGGCAAAGAUUUGGGUUUGCAGAAGAUGAUAUUGUAUGGGCCAGAGUGAGUGACAGAUUUUGGCCGGCACUGGUUUGCAAUUUAAACAAAAGAAAGGCAUCAGUGAUGCUUAUUGAUUCACCUCUGCCACAAUCAGCUUUAAAACUAAAUGUUGAACGUUUACAUUCGUAUGAUGAUUCAACAUGGAAUAAAAUGCUGUUGGCUGAAGCACGGACUUUACCCCUUUAUGACUCUUUAAUCACAUCUGCUCAGAAAGCUGAAGCAUUUCUUCGAAAGAGGAUGCUGUUUGAAGAUAAUGUAGAUGGAAAAACAUUCUUUGGUUUAAGUGAUGAUGUUCGUUUCGAGUCUGACAAUGAAGAUGAUUUGGUAGAAGUGGACUUUGACAUGGAUGAUAUAGAGGAAGAGUUGGAACUUGAUUCAUCUAUUCUCACAUGUCAGGCGAGCACUUCAAAAAAAUUAUCUGGUCGUGAUUUGUAAGUGUAUAAUCAUCAUUAGAUAUCUUAAUUUUCAAACUUGUCAACCAUGCCUGUACUUUUAAAUGUGUGCAUUACAUCAGACAUUUUGUAAAGAAUGUAAUGAAUAAAGCUGUUAAUAAUCCAACCUCUGA